AAUCCCCGGCGUUAUCCGAAACGGCAACUCCCUAAAUUCUAACCUCCAGGUUUGCCUCAAGCCCUAGCUUCCCUUCUACAACGCCGGUGAACUUCUAUCUUGUCGGCUACGGCUAUCGCGCUCCUCUCCAUCCCAACUGCUACAUCGGUGGCGACGAGUAAUAGCUGCGAGGAAUCGAAGCGGCAUCGCUUUCUUUAGUAAAAAGCGACAUCUUACCCAGGAUCUGAAGACCGUGGCUCAUCGAAGACGGGGCUAGAGAUGGUGGGUGGUGGGAUCAGGAGGGACGAUGCGGCCCCCGGGAUAAGCAGCAAGAAUGUGUUCGCGGCGCUCGAGACUCUGAAGAAGAAGAAGAAGUCUUCGGUUAAGGAUCGCAAGGUACCCUCGAAGAGCAAGGGAUUGCUUAACACCCAGGAGAAGGAGCCGGAACCGUCGCAGGUCUUCUGGAUACCUACGCCGCUAAACAAGUCAUGGGCCGAUGUUGACGACGAUGAUGACGACUAUUAUAAGACCGCGCCGGUUCUGCCUGGAUGGGGAGUGGCAGGGCAGCAGCAGGAGAAGGACGUUGGAGUUCCGGCUGAAGAGGAAAGUGAAAGUGAGGAUGAUGGCCUUGAUGAUGGUGACGAUGACAUUGAGGAUGAAGGUGAACAGGUGCCUGAGGCUCCUCCCUCAGCUGAGCUAAUUGUGAAUACACAUUCCCUUGCUCCAGUUGCACCUAAAGAUUCUGAAAAGCAACUUUCCAAAAAGGAACAGAAGAAAAAAGAGCUCGAAGAACUUGAUGCUCUUUUAGCUGAAUUUGCAGUUUCCAGCAAGGAUGACAGAGGUGCUUGUCAAACUGAAAGUAAUGUUGCCACCCGAGAGAAAAAUCCAGAUGAGCAAAGAAAGGACGGUGAUAACGAAAAUAUUAUAGCCACAGAAGAAAGCAAGACUUCAAAGAAGAAGAAGGGAAAGAAAGAAAAAUCUUCUAGAGAAGUUAAGGAUACACCUGAAUUAGCAGAUGAUGCUGAUGGCUCUGAUGGAGUGAUAAUUGCUGAAGCCGUUGAAGAGACCGCUGCUGGAGUAGAUAUGAAAGAGAGGUUGAAGAAGGUGGCUUCCAUGAAGAGGAAAAAGUCAGGCAAGGAAAUGGAUAUUGCAUCCAAAAUUGCCUCAACUGAGGCUGCUGCAAGGAGUGCGAAACUUGCUGCUGCAAAGAAGAAAGAGAAGAACCAUUACAACCAGCAGCCAGUCCGAUGAGCCGCAGCCUUGGUCAACAGUCUUGUAACAGUCAGUUUUUUGUUGGAACCAAAAUAAACUCCAGGUUAUUCUGCAUUGUUCCUUGUUCUACUUCUUUGGUUUAAUUUGGAUAGUUCUUGAGGCUCUUCAGUCAUCAGUAGAACCUAAAUGUCUUUAAGUGAUGUUUCUUGAAGUUAGGGUCUCCUCACUUUGUGGAUAUUUAUUUGGUUACAAAUCCGUUGAAAUGAAAUUAGUUUUUCAGAUU